CUCUCUCUCUCUCUCUCUCUCUCUCUCUCUCGCUUUAUUUUUCGUUCAAGCUGAGAUUGAAUGAACGAUAGACGUGUUAGUGCGUUAAACUCACGCCAAUUCGUUUUUUGAGAGACCACAGCGAUCAACGACGAUAACUACGACGGCGGCGUCAUGACGCGUUUACGAGGACGUGCCUCGCUGAUGGCCAUCGUGACGAUUAGCUUCGGCCUGCUGAUCGUUAUAUACCACAUUCUGAGUAACGAAAUCGACGAGAUGUCAGGGAAGAUCGGCGGCCGACAAAGAGCGCAGGACGCGUAUGCUCCGGACGGCAUUCCGCUAUUCAAAGGCCACAAAAUCGUCCACCUAGACCUAAAAGGCGCCCCGCCAAAGGUCAGCUACUACAACUACCUGUUUCCCCUGCUGCGAAAGCUGGGAGCCACUGGUGUAGUCAUAGAAUAUGAGGAUAUGUUCCCCUUCGUGGAUAGCAUUGAAGAUGUGCACGCUAAUAAUGCUUAUUCCAAGAAGGAUGUUGUACAGAUUCAAAACAUAGCCAAGAAGAAUGAACUAAUUGUUAUACCUCUCAUACAAACCUUUGGUCACAUGGAGUUUGUCUUCAAGCUGGACAAGUACAAAGAUUUUAGAGAGGUCCCGCAUUAUCCACAAGUGUUGUGUCCUACCUACAACAGAACACUUUUGUUGAUAUAUGAGAUGAUCAACCAAAUUGUAUUAGCUCAUCCAACAUCCAAAUACCUGCACAUAGGUGCCGACGAGGUCUAUCAGAUAGGAGAGUGCUCAAGGUGCUUGGACGUCAUGGCUAAAAAGCAAUGGAGCAAGCAGCAACUAUUCUUGGAUCAUGUGUCUACUGUGGUCAAGUACAUCAAGGAGAAGUAUCCGGAGUUGACUGUACUAAUGUGGGACGACGAGUUCCGUAAGAUAUCACCGCAGGAGAUCAUUGACAAGGGCCUGCACUUGAUGGUGGAACCCGUCAUUUGGAAGUACACUACUGAUCCUGGCACUACAUUGACCGAUCAGCUGUGGGAGAGCUACGCUGCAGUAUGGAAACAAGUGUGGGUCGCAACAGCGUUCAAGGGCGCCAUUUUUCCGGACAGAUAUUACACGGACAUCUCGUAUCAUAUGGAGAAUCAUCAGCGUUGGUUGGAGAUUAUUCAAAAGUAUUCUAACCAGAUCACAUUCAAAGGUGUUAUACUAACUGGCUGGCAACGGUACGAUCACUUCAGCGUGCUCUGCGAGCUCCUCCCGGUCGGCUUACCAUCGCUCGCGAUCAACUUGGCCAUACUACAGGCGUCGUCACCGGGUAACUUCCCCGUGGAGUUACCCCAUCAUCUAUCCGAAGCGCUGCAGUGCGACGGGAUCGUCUCAUUGAGCAUACCGGAGCCACAGUACGGUUGGACCAAGUGCAGCUUCCACGGGGCAUCGAUAUACGCCGCUAUGUUGCGUCUCUAUACACUGACGCAAGAGAUCCUAAAGAUGGAGCAGGACAAUACCUACAGGGGCUGGCUAAAGCCAUACAAUAUCAAGUACUCGUUCGCGAACCCUCCUUACGUGGAGCGCGCGGUCGCCGACUUGGAUAGGUAUAAGAUGGAGAUCAUGUACAUCGAGAAGGAUAUGCGCACGGCCAUGGAGGACAUCUACGAUAAUUACACGAUACAGGAAUGGCUCGAGACGUACACCGCGCCGUUGAACGAGAAGCUCAGUCAGCUAUGGCAGGCUAAGGAGAAACUGCUGGAGAAAAACACAUGGCCCAGGAGACCUCUCACGAAGCCUGAUUUAUAGUAGGAGAGGACGUCGCUUUUUUCGCAUAAGUAGACAAAGAUGUCUGUCGUGUUCUUCAUGGUAUGACUAGAGAAACUGAGAAUUAUAUUCCGACAACGCGAGGAAGGCAAGAGGACACGAUAUUCAUAGCGAUUAAUCUUUAAAAAAACGAACGAACAAACAGAACAAAUAUAGCGUGGAUAAUCAGUGAAACGCAAGAGUUUCGCGAACUUGUAAUUUUACAUCUUAAUAAUCGUUGUACAGAAUGUGAUAAUAUGCAAUUUGAUAAGGAAGUAAUCAAAUUAUACUAACUGCACCGUCCGUAAAUUAGUGCAAGUUCUUUGUCUCGAUGAGAUCGAUUGUAUUAUCGGUUGCACUGUCUGGUAGAGCAGAUUAUGAUGUAUAUUCCCGACUCAGGUCACGUGGGAUUCUUCGGGGAAAGUUUCGUCGGAGAGACAUUUUCGUACUCACACGAGUGUCUGUAUAUAUCGGUGACGAUUCUUCCUUCCCGGCACGGAAAGUCUCAAAUAGAUAGUUUUAUCCGCGUGAUUUAGCCAUUGUAGCCGUACAAGAGUAGAUAGAGCGAUAUCUAUUAAUAAAUACGCGUUAGGCGAUAUGAUUUUGUUGCGACGUUAGAGCGAACCUGGUUUAUCGGUGACUUACCGAAACCGCUAUUAUUCAAACGAUGAUUCUUAUCGUCAUUAUUAUUGCAACACAUGGACGUGCACAUAUAUAUUUAUGAAUUAUGCGAAGCCACUCGUGCGAUACCACGCACGCACAGAUUGCUCUUCCAAUUGUCACAUUACGUCUUCUAAUCUUAAACACGAUCGCUACGAGAAGCGCGAUCUAUAAAGAGAAUGAGAGAGAGAGAGAGAGAGAGAGAGAGAGAGAGAGACAGAGAGCCAGGUUUUCUCGGUUCGUUCGUCGGAAAGACGCAUGACAACAGCUUGAAUUUAAUUUAAUUUGCGCAUUAAUCGUAUUUAUUCGUGCAUAUUAACGCGGUAUCUGCGAUUGUAAUAUAAGCGGAGAGAAUCGUGCCAUACAGCAAAUCGUUGCGAUAUUAUAUAAGUUUCUGACAAAUGUAAUAGAAGUACGAUAUAGAGACAAAAGAAUUUUGGUUGCUUAUACAUCGGUAUAUUCGGAUCGGAGAUUUUACACACACGAACGAUGCGCCGUGAAUAAAAUUUUAUUUCGAAAGUAUUUUCGCGCGUUGAAUGUUUAUUGGAGAGUAACUCUUUGUAUAUCGAGGAUGGAGAAAAAAAUAGAAGACCAAUGUGCAUAUUGCGGAGUUACGUGCAAUUCAUGUGAUACAUUUGGACUUUUAUAUCGAGUUCUUGGUUACGUUUCUCGACUCUUCGAUGAACGUACCUUUUGUAUAGCGUAAUAUUUAACGACUCUCCC